AUGGCGACCAGAUCGACGAGAUCACGGGGUAGGCUAAUCCUCGGUCUCAUCUUGUUGGGCUUCAUCUGGCUGUCGGUACGCCGUACCGAUCCCUCCAGCGGCGGCCUGCACGAGAUUCGCAACACCGUGUCGCUGCCGCCGCUCGACUUCCUCCAGGCCUCGUUUCCGGCACGCAGCGAACUGCAUGCCAAAUACUACGCGUCGCGGGAAGCGCACGAGUUCUGUGCCGCGCAUGGCUACUCCGCGUUUAAGCCGCUCAGCUCCACAAACGAGCGCAAGGUCUAUGAUCUCGUCAUGGUCAAUUCGGAGCUCGACUUUCUCGAGAUACGCCUCGACACGCUCUACAAUUACGUUGACUACUUCAUCAUCGUCGAGUCACCAAAGACAUUCCAAGGCGACAAGAAGUCGCUUAUCAUCAAGAACAACUGGGCCAGGUUUCGACGCUUCCAUGACAAGAUGAUCUACCACGAAUUGACAUUUCCCCCAUCUUUUAACCCACACCGCGCCUGGGACUACGAAGACUUGCAGCGAGACGCCAUGUAUACGCAAGUCAUGCCGGGCCUGACGGGCCACAAGGCGCCCGUCAACGGUGACGUCAUGGUCGUCGCCGACGUCGACGAGAUCCCGCGACCAGAGUCGCUGCUCGUCCUGCGGUCCUGCAACUACCCGCGCCGCCUAACGCUCGGGUCUAAGUUCUACUACUAUUCCUUCCAGUUUCUACACGACGGACCCGAGUGGCCGCACCCGCAGGCCACCUACUACCAGGGCUGGCGCACCUUGAAACCGACCAACCUGCGCAACGGUGACGGCGGCUUUCGCCCGACCCGCGGCAGGGAGAAAGGCACGCUGGCCAACGCGGCGUGGCACUGCAGCAGCUGCUUCCCCACGAUUGCCCAGUUCCUCAACAAGGUCGCCAGCUUCUCCCAUGUGUGGAUGAACGACAAGGAAUACCGCGAUAGGAACAGGAUUGCGGACGCCGUGCGUGAGGGCAAGGAUGUGUGGGAAAGAGAGCACGACACGUUUACGAGGAUUAAUGGGAACAAGGACAUGCCGCCGCUGGUGAAGCAACACCCGGACCGGUUUGGCUACAUGAUAAGUCGUGAUGGGCCGUCGGCCGGAUUUACAGACUAUCCUUGA